GUCCCACAGGGCAAAAAUUUCUUUCGUUCUCGUUGCCUAGAGUUUGUCCCAGCGGAGGGGUGGCUUGCGAACAGAAGAGGCUCAAGGGGCCUAACUCCCGUGGCUGGGCACGCGAGCGGUCCGAAAGCGAUGGCAGGUUGCACUAGGAGAAGUAGCGAGGACUACACUUCCCAGCAUUCUAGGGCGCGGCAGGGAACCACAGAUCCCAGCAAACCACUAGAAGCCGAGGACUACAAACCCCAGAAUUCCCCGCGCCCCGUCGGUCUAACUUAGGCUCCCCGUGUGCCGCGCAGUGUGCGCCAAUUCAAGCCGCCAGCCGGGUGGGUGGGUGGUGUUUGGGUCUCCGAGGCUUCCGAGCGGGGCGGGAAGACCCUCUUCCCCCUCCGGAGGAGAUGACAGCCGGCCGGCAAUUAACUUCUGCGUACGCGGAACCCACAGAGCCUCCUGCAAAUCAUGAUCUCAAGGCCAGAGAAUGGCAGGUGAACAGAAACCUUCAAGUAACCUCCUGGAGCAGUUUAUUUUAUUGGCCAAAGGUACCAGCGGCUCAGCCCUUACUGCUCUCAUAAGCCAGGUGUUGGAGGCUCCUGGAGUGUAUGUCUUUGGAGAACUGCUGGAGCUAGCCAAUGUGCAGGAGCUUGCAGAAGGGGCUAAUGCUGCUUAUUUGCAGUUGCUGAACCUGUUUGCCUAUGGAACAUACCCAGAUUACAUAGCCAACAAGGAGAGUCUGCCAGAACUGAGCCCAGCUCAGCAGAACAAGCUGAAGCACCUCACCAUCGUGAGCUUGGCGUCGAGAAUGAAGUGUAUCCCCUACUCCGUGCUGCUGAAGGACCUGGAGAUGAGGAACCUCCGGGAGCUCGAGGACCUCAUCAUCGAGGCUGUCUACACGGACAUCAUCCAAGGCAAGCUGGACCAGCGCAACCAGCUGCUUGAGGUGGAUUUCUGCAUUGGCCGGGACAUCCGGAAGAAGGACAUCAGUAACAUCGUGAAGACGCUGCGCGAAUGGUGUGAUGGAUGUGAGGCAGUUCUGCUGGGCAUUGAGCAGCAGGUGCUCAGAGCCAACCAGUACAAGGAGCACCACCACCGGACUCAGCAGCAGGUGGAGGCAGAGGUCACCAACAUCAAGAAGACGCUGAAGGCCACGGCCUCGUCCUCGGCUCAGGAGAUGGAGCAGCAGCUGGCGGAGCGGGAGUGCCCUCCGCACGCGGAGCAGAGGCAGCCCACCAAGAAGAUGUCCAAAGUGAAAGGUCUGGUCUCCGGCCGCCACUAGGGCUGGCUGGGGCAGGUGGGGAGGGGACCCCCCGAGAGCCUCUUCCCUCCCCUCUCUACCUGCAGUGAGUUCCAGACUGCCCACCCCCUCACCAGCGCCUCCCUGCCAGCCGCGCGCCCUCCUCCUCCCACCCCAUCUCCACACGCUCCCUUCAGACUCAGGGGCUCCACGGAUGCCACCCUCCACCCUCACGGGGUGGGCCCUGCCCGCCUUCCCCUCAGGAGGUUCUUGUCUCUGUGCCCCCCCCCCCCACUCCUCCAGCCCCACAUCCACCGUUCCCACAAUCGUUCCCACAAUGGUGCAGGCGUCUCUCGCCAGGAAGCCACGCGCGCCGCCCCGUCUCCUGCCUUAGCCCCGCGGGCGGCUGUCGGUCAGGCCACGGAGGGACGCGCCGCUGGGGCCACGUUUACCAAACCCGCGGGGUUCCAGCCACUCCAAGCCUCGCUCGGGAUCUGCCGUCAGGGGGCAGCGCUGGCGGACUCACCUCCGCCAUCUGGGUCCCCCGGAUGGCCGGCGUCGUUCCUCCCCAGCCCCGUGCCGCUGCUGGCUGCUCUUCCCGCGCGUGCGCCGCCUCUGACUGCCUGCUUAGCCCCGCGGCGUGGCUGUGGCUUAGUUCUCGCGAGAUCUUCCCCGCCUCCUGGCAGGCCCUCGCGGGCAGGGCGCAGCGCAGCACGCCGAGGCUCAGUUCUCGCGAGAUCUUCCCGGCCUCCUGGCAGGCCCUCGCCGGCACGGCCUACCGAGGCUCAGUUCCCGCGAGAUCUUCCCGGCCUCCUGGCAGGCCCUCGCGGGCCUUGGCUGCCCCAGGAUGACACCGACCUCCUGGCCAGAGAAAGGACUGGACUAGACUUUCCGAAUUUGAACAGUUUCAGGUUAUAUUUUAACUUUCUUUUUUUUUUGUACAGGUUGAUUCUAAUACAUUUCAACAUGCUUUUUCCUCCCGCGUCCAUGUUUGUUAGAGACGGGUGGCCGGGGCCUGUCCCCUGGCCGGAGGGCGGCAUGCGUGCGUGCGUGCGUGCGUGCGCAUGCGUGUGUGUGCGUCUCGUUUUGUUUUUAUAAGGGGGAGGUGGGCAUCCUGGAUCGAUUGAGCGCUCUCUGGGGAGAAAGCACAUUCGACGAGCAGAACAAUAAACGUGUAGAUUUGCUGUA